AUGACAAUUACGUCAAUCUUUGUAAAAAGUGCUUAUCAGCCAAGUCAUGAAUUACAAUUGCGUUUUUACGCUUACUACAAACAAGCGAUGGAAGGACCAUGUCAACAGCCAAAACCAGCAUUUUGGGAAGUGGUUAAAAAAGCCAAAUGGGAUGCUUGGAUGAAAUUAGGAAAUAUGAGCCGUCAAGAGGCUAUGAACAAUUAUGUUGAAGAAUUAAAGAAAAUUGUUGAAACAAUGUCUUACACCGACAACGUCGCUAAUUUUUUGGGCAGCUUAGAUUCAUUUUAUGAAAGUGUACCGUCUGAAGAUUUAGAAAUGCUCGUGGGCCCAGUUAUUGAACGUAUGCGCUCACAACCUGGUUCACCAUUAUCUGGAUCACCAUUAGGUUCUAGAGAAACGUCACCACAAAGAGUACGCAAUUCAUCACGUCAUAUUACUAGUAGCUUGGAAACAAGUCCUGCUAGUAGUCAUAUGGUAUUAUCGGCACCUCUAGAAAAAUCAUUCAAAGAAUUAAAGUCUUCCAUUGGAAAUGGACAAUCAAAAAAAAAUAUCGGGGACCAAGUUAAGUUAACAGCAAUACCAACAAGUUUAACAAAUGGCUACGCUAAAAACAUUAAUGAAGGAAAAUACCAUUUGAUAAAUAAUGACAAACACAAUAAUCAUGACCGCAGCAGAGCAAGAGAUAAAAAACAUGAUAAAGAUCAUCAUGAAGAAAUAAAAAGUGAACUAAUAAAUCAAAUGGCUGAGACAUUACAAAAUUUACAAAAUGAUUUGGACAGGAUAACUGGUCGUGUUAGGAGUUUAGAAGGACAAAAUUUACAAUUACUCACCCCUCAAACGGAACGAUCAAAUAUUUAUCCAAGAUGGUGGCCCUUAUCAGAUUGUUCACCAAGAAUCUUAGCAUUAAUAAUUUUGUGGCCGUUUGCAGCUCAAUUUGCUAUCAAUAUCAUUCGACGUUAUCGCCAACAAAGAAUGUGA